GCGGCCCGGCAGCGGGCACGCGGGGGAAGGGCCCUGCGGGAGGGCGCGCGCGCUUCCGGGUGAGCGGGCGCGGGGGGCGCGCGCGCGCGCGCCAUGGAACAGCGGUUAGCCGAGUUUCGGGCGGCCCGAAAACGGGCCGGCUUGGCGGCCCAACCGAGUACUUCGAGCCAGAGCGCACAGACCCCGGGAGAGAAGACGGAAGCAGCUUCGACUCUAAGGGCAGCCCCAAGCUGGCUAAAGCGGCUCCUGGCUUGGAAACCGAGGCCUACUAGUGCCCAGGCCCAAGCCAGCCUCGCUCAGGAAGCGGCUCAGCCUGGGAGCAGCACAUCACAGCCACCGCGGAACAGAGCCGUUCCUCUGCCAUCGUGCUGGGACCAGUCCUUCCUGACCAAUGUCACCUUCUUGAAGGUUCUUCUCUGGUUGGUCCUACUGGGACUGUUUGUGGAACUGGAAUUUGGCCUGGCUUAUUUUGUCCUGUCCUUGUUCUACUGGAUGUAUGUUGGGACGCGAGGCCCCGAAGAGAAGCAGGAGGGAGAGAAGAGCGCCUACUCUGUGUUCAACCCGGGCUGUGAAGCCAUCCAGGGCACCCUGACUGCAGAGCAGCUGGAGCGAGAGUUACACUUGAGACCCCUGGAGGAGAGAUAGGACCUAGCCCCACUGUCCCGCAGCUAACCUCGGACGUGGUCCUCCUAGAUUCGAUUUCAGGUGCAUAGGACGAAGGACAGCUUAUAGGUUAGCUCUGUGACUGCACAGUUCUUCUACAUUCUUUUCCUGAUCCGCUGCUGCAAUUUUAUCUCUGAACUUCUCUUUGGUUCCGGUGAAAUUCUCUAAAAGACACUCGCUGUGGAUCUGAUGCAAUUUAUAUAAAUUACAUACUCAGCAAAGGAGA